GUUUCCAUUCCUCUCCCCCCAAGAGAAACUUCCAAAGAAGAAGAAAGGGAAGUUGGGUCUAGUCCCACUAUUGAUGUAGAUAACUUAGAAAUAGAAGUCUCUACAAGUGAAUAUAAGACCGAGAGUAUUGUGGAUCUCCAAGAUGCUUAUAACGAGUUAUACAAGGAGUGUCUCAAACAAGGAAAUAAAUUGUUUUCAUUGAGCACAAGGCUCANUAACUUAGAAAUAGAAGUCUCUACAAGUGAAGAUGAGACCGAGAGUAUUGUGGAUCUCCAAGAUGCUUAUAACGAGUUAUACAAGGAGUGUCUCAAACAAGGAAAUAAAUUGUUUUCAUUGAGCACAAGGCUCAAGAUGAGUGAAAAUGAAAAGAAAGCACUUCAUGUGGUUUUAAUUGAGUCCAAAGCUUAUAUUUGUGGGCUUGAGGAGGAAAAGAAGUCCCUUCAUGACAAGGUGAGCUUCCUUGAGGGAGAGCACAAUGGGCUUUUAGAGUCGAAGAAAGGUCUUGAAUUUAAACUUAUCAACCUUGAUAGAGAAAUACAUGAAACACAAGGGCUCUUAAAAAGACUUUCCCUAAGCAUCAAAAAGCUUGUCAAAAUGUUGAUUAUAAGAAAAAGUGUUGGUCUCAAAAGAGGUUCAGGAUUCAUUAAUGAACAUAACACCACUUCUUCCAAGACCAUGUUUAUGAAGGGUGACCCCAACCCUUCACCCCCACAAGUAAGCACAAGUCCCAGAAAGACUAAUAAUGGUAAGGGUAAGCAUGAAAAGAAAGCGGUUAAAAAGAAUACUCAAACCAAAUCAUUUGUGUGUUUUACUUGUGGAAAGCACGGUCACUAUAGUGCAAAUUGCAUUCAAAAUAGGGAAGUCAUAGACAAAGAUCUCAUGCAUCUAGCCAAACAAUCUAAAGCAUUGCAAAAUCAAGUUGUCAAUCUUUCCAAGCUUUUAGAAAGGUCAAGUGUGUCUAAGUAUACUCAUGCAUCAUCUUCACAUAGACCACGGGUUAGAGUGCACACGGCUUCUUCUACCCCCAAGAUGAAAAUUGAUCUACAUUUUUUUGGGAAGAAAAGAGCUAGUCCUCCAUCCAUUCCCUGA